AGCCCGUAGCAACCAAUCAAAUCGCUGCUUUCAUUUUGAACAGGACCGUUGAGAGCCUGUAGCAACCAAUCAAAUCGCUGCUUUCAUUUUGAACAGGACCGUUGAGAGCCUGUAGCAACCAAUCAGAUCGCUGCUUUCAUUUUGAACAGGACCGUUGAGAGCCCGUAGCAACCAAUCAGAUCGCUGCUUUCAUUUUGAACAGGACCGUUGAGAGCCCGUAGCAACCAAUCAGAUCGCUGCUUUCAUUUUGAACAGGACCGUUGAGAGCCCGUAGCAACCAAUCAGAUCGCUGCUUUCAUUUUGAACAGGACCGUUGAGAGCCCGUAGCAACCAAUCAGAUCGCUGCUUUCAUUUUGAAAAGGACCUUUGAGAAAUGAAAGAAGCGAUCUGAUUGGUUGCUAUGGGCAACUGGUCAACAUUUCCACUAUACAGGUUUUCAUAAAUCUCCCCCAUUGUCUUCAAUGGGGAUUCUGCUGCGCCGUUCACACGGCGGCAGUUCCACGGCUGCAGAAAUUCUGCAUUCUAGAUUCUGCAAUAUAUAUAAGGCAUCUUGACAUUUUGCGGAAUUCCGUUUAGAGCCCCGUUGAAAUUAAUGACCAAAAUCUGUGGUUCGACAGCAAAUAGAUUCUGUCUGAACUCGGCUAAAAUUUCCGCAAAACGACGUAAAAUCUGCAGCGAAAUUUGAGUGGAAUGGCAGAAAUUCCGCGGUGUGUAUGCGGCUCAGAGCGUGCGGGGGGAUUACCUGGGACUGGACAGGGUCUCAUCAUGUCCGUCACCCUUCUGGACAUUCCUGAGCUCCAGGAGGACUACAAUCCUUGUGAUGACCUCAAUGACUUCUGCGAUGGGGAACAGAACGGAGAUUUACUUGAACUUCAGCCCCUCUGCGCCAAUUCAGGGAACAGACCUCAGAGUAGCCACUAUAAUGCCACCAUGAGAAUCCUUGCUAAUAUGCCAAGUCGGACUAUUGGGCGCUGUAGAGGGGCAAUGCUGUCUGAGCAUUAUAACCGCACUGUGAGGAAGCGACAGUCCAAGAGGCGGCCAUCUUUAUACAGUAUGGAGCGCCAUGCUAGACCCAGCAUAAGGCAAAGAGACACAUCUACAGAAGCCGAAGAAGAACAUCAAAGGUUACUGGUGUCAGAACUGCGAAAAACGUCAGGAGCCCAACGUACCCGACUGCUGAAGAGCUUCCCGCUGAGCCUCCGUGUGAAGAGACAGCUGAGGUACAUGACGUUGGACGGCGGAGGAUCCUGGAAAGGGAGAGAUGCUCACUAUUGCUGUAGCUGUAUAUCAGAUCACAUCAGUCUGGCUUCUCACAGAUGCUGGCUUUCGUUGCUUUCGGCACUUUAUUUUUUGCAACCCUGGCAAAAGGCCCUGAAGCAGAUUGGGGGAAGAUUUGGAUCCAGCGUUCUCUCGUAUUUUCUCUUUCUGAAAACUCUUCUGGGUUUUAACGUCUUCAUGAGCCUUUUGUGCCUCUUGUUCAUUGUUACUCCGCAGGCCGUCCAUCCUCCUCGGUCACCGAACCCGCGAACCUUCACUGGUCUCGAGCUACUCACGGGAGCGGGUUAUUUUACUGAUACUAUAAUGUAUCAAGGUUAUUACAGUAACUAUACCAUAAAUGAUGGCUGCUCCUUAAGGACCAAUACAUCCGGGUGUCCAAAAGACAAGGCCUGGCUUCCAUAUCACAUGCCACUGGCUUAUAUUUUCACCAUAGGAGUUGGUUUCCUGAGUACAUGUAUUAUACUGGUGUAUAGGAUGUCUUGUUCAUUUGGUGAAAAUUUCCGAGUGGGAUUUUUCUCUGGCGUUUUGGCUCUAAAAGUUUUCGGCUCCUGGGAUUUCAAAGUCAACAGAAUCCGUAGCGUUCAGAGACAGAAGGAGAAUAUUAACAUGCAGCUAAAGGAGUUACUAAGUGAGCGUCGUCCGAAUCAGCAUAAUCACGGGUUCAGGAGGAAGCUGCAGCAUGUGUGUGUCCUGGUCUGCUCAUGGAUGUUGUGUGUGGGCAGCUGGUUGGGGUCUGCGGUAGCGGUGUAUGUCCUGUCAGAACACCUACAUAAGGAUCAUCGAGAACGACGGAGAACCGGAGGCCAGCCAGAAGUGGAGGCCAUGCUGUUGCCGCUGCCGUUGGCGGUGUCUCUAUGUAACCUGCUUCUACCGUACAUGUAUCAUGCUCUGGGACUCUGGGAGAAGCUGGACUCCCCCAUACUAGACGUCUACAUUGCUAUUUGCAGAAAUCUUAUGCUGAAGAUCGUCAUCCUCGGUGUCCUGUGCUACCAUUGGAUCAUACGGAAAGCUAAAUACAUGGAAAAUAAGUGCUGGGAGACGUUUGUUGGGCAGGAACUGUUUCGCUUUGUGGUAAUGGACCUGAUAUUCAAUCUGCUGGACACGCUGUUUGGAGAGCUACUCUGGAGGUUAAUCCUGCAGAAGAAGCUGAAACAAAAGUGUCGGACGGAGUUUGACAUCGCUCGGAAUGUACUGGAGCUGAUCUACGGCCAGACACUGGCAUGGCUGGGCGUUCUGUUUUGUCCUAUUAUCCCUGUUGUGCAGACUCUGAAAUUGCUUCUGCUGUUCUAUGUAAAAAAGGCCAGUUUGAUGAGGAACUGUCGUUCCCCGAGCAAACCUUGGAGGGCGUCCCACAUGAGCACAGCCUUCCUGACACUACUGUGCUUCCCUUCCUUCUUAGGGGCUUCCGUGUUCCUGUCCUACACCGUCUGGUCCGUGAAGCCCUCAGAGUCGUGUGGUCCAUUCCGCUCGCUGAAUUCUAUGUAUGAAGCCGGGAAGUUUUAUGUCAAGCAGCUGGAAGUGUCAAAUCCUCGGCUCAGUUGGGUCAGCUGGAUACAUUACUACCUUUGGGAAAACACGUUUUUCAUUUUCCUGGCGGCUGGAAUCCUGCUGAUUGUUAUCUAUUUCCAUAUCCAGAUAGUCAAUGGACAGAGACGAGUUAUACAGUUACUAAAGGAGCAGAUUGCAAAUGAAGGUGAAGACAAACGCUUCCUCAUUAACCGACUUCAUUCCGUUUAUGAUAAGAAGAGUCGAGCACCAAAGCCAAAGCCAUAUUUUGUGAACCAAGGCUGAUACCUGUCUGCACAACGACGUACUGAAGAACACGGUAACUGGAGCCAAUGCGAGCCAAAGUAUUAGUCAUCUCAUGGCGCCAUAGAGGAGUGCCAACUUAUAUUCCUGCCAAACACUGCACAUUUCAAUGACUGAGAACCACUUUUUAUAUUUGUAUAUUUUGUAAUAAAUGUUUUACUGUCGCUCCACUGCCUCGAUAAGUCAUUCUAUAGAGACGGACGGCGCUCCGGUCACUGUGUGAGACACAUGGAAAACAUUGGUGUUACUUUCAAGGAAAUCUGUCAGCAGUUUCACCGGCACGAACAGAGAGGUACUGCAGAUGACAUCGAUGACAACCAUACUUACCUGGUCCCACUCUGUGCUCUGGUAUCUUCUAUUCCGGGGCCAACUUGGUGCAUGGGCGGAGCUUCGUGACUCACAGCUGCUGUUCUCUGCUGGGUCCCACUGCUAGCAAACAGCUGCGGUGACAUCACUAAGCUCCACCCAUGCAUCAUGUCAGCCCUCGGAACGGAA